AUGCUUGACAUACUGUUUCACUCUGGCAUCAUUGCAAUCUCAAUUGUCUGAUUACGCAUUCCACCCAGCCAUGUCUCUUAUUAUGUCUUUCUCGCUCUGCUCUGCUCUCCCAUGCAUCCCGUUUCUCAGCAUCUCCACCUCGUUUCAUUAUUAUUUUUCAUAUCAUCUCCCUAUCACUUUCGCACUCCAUUACUGUGCCCAUCGUCGAAACGCAUCGUAUUCGUAAUUAAGUUUACAUGUCCGUUUUGCCUAUCACACUCUAGCAGUCAUCAACCAUCCCAUGCCGCUGCAUACUGUCCUCUCUGUUUCCUCCCUUGCUUUGCACUUUAUUUGCUAUUGUCCUUAUUUUUCAAUUCACUUCACAGUUAUUUGCACAGUUGCAUUCUCUAUUUUCAAAAUUAUCCCCGCUGGCGUUUGUCGGCAUUUAUUCCACGCUGCUCUUCUGCACUGCGGCAUUGUUCAUCUAUCGAUUUAUAUAUUUCCAGCGAUCUCGAUUUGUCAACAGGCUUCUUAAUUUUUAGUUGGUCUUGGUUAGCCUGCGUGGACAGUAUAUACUUGCUCGUGUAUGCUGCGCGGGGCGCAUCUCAUCAAUCUCAUUCCUCAAUAUACAACAUUAUUUAUGCAUCUAUCUUGUCCAUUGCAUGAGGUCGUGGCGUCGGGUGUGCCGGUUCAAAGACAGAUUUCACGUGAUUGUAUGUCAGCUCCUAGUAGGUUGAUGUGCACACGUACGUAUCUCUUGAAGCAUUACGUUCCACGUUUUCCUCUUGUCAUAACACUUGAAUGAUAAUGUCUCUAUCGUUCAAAGGUCAAACAGUUGUAGUGACUGGUGCAGGUGGCGGACUCGGGAGAGCGUAAGUAAUCUGUCCAUCUCCUUCCGGGCCGCUGUGACUAACAUGAGUGGGGCAGGUACUCAUUGUUAUUUGCAUCGCGUGGUGCGAACG